GAAAGGGGCAAGAAAGAGGGCCAGAGAAGGGGAAGGGACCGCAGUCCGGGUACGCUUUGGGGAGCCUGGACCCUAAGUAAGAGGACCGGGCAUUGGUGGAGAGAAAGUCUAGACUGGCAGACGCUGCCGAUCGCUCAGGGAGCGCAUUCUUUAUCUGGGAAGAGAGCAGAGAGAGGAGAGGGAGAAGGCAGAGUUCACGCCGAAGUGGAUGGAAGGGGAUCUGAGUUUCCGCGGCACAGUGAGUCGCGAGCCGGGACUAUGGCACUGAGACCGGCGCGGAGCAGCUGCGCGCCCGAGGACGCGUCUCCUCGCGGGGGACCAGCGGGCGUCGGGAAAGGCUGCGCACAGAGGAACCAACUUGUGGCUCCAGACCAUCCCCAACGCAGCUGGAAAUGAGAUCAAAGCUGCAGUUUCAUUCCAGAAGGAUGAGAGGAGCCAGUGAUUAGGGAUUUUUUUUUAACCCCCUUCGUUCCCGUUUCGCUGUUUUCUCCUCCCCCUCCUCUUUUUUUUUUUUUUUCAGUAUACGUAUUUUUUCUUUUUUUCUUUUUUAAUUGACCUAACACCACGUCAGUCCCGUCACAUUGCUUUCCCUGUUUGAAAUAAAAGCCCAGUCUGAACUUCCACCACCCCGGAGACUCGAGAGCUGCAGCCGGCUGAUGGAGAAGGGGACACCCGUGCUGGCAGGGGACGCUGGCGAGGGACCGCAUCACGCGUCUCUCUGGUGAUCCCUGCCUUGAUCGCCGAGUUCAGCGAUACCUGGAGGACCUGGACCCAGUGCUGUGGGUGGGGGAGGGGACCCAGCGAAAGCCACCCUGAGCCUUAAAAAAAAAAAAAAAAAGUAGCUGCUGACCGGGGGCGGAAAGGGGUUUGUUCUUGACAGCUGACGGAGCCUUGAAAUUUUCCUCCUCUACCUCCGCCCCCUCCCCCGCCCCCGCCCCCCGCACUCCAUUUAACGUGAGAUUAUGAAAUCGCAGAGGCGGUGGAGGGAAGGCGAAGGCAUCUAACAGGGAGUUUGGAGGGGCGAGGGGGAAGGUGGCUGGCUGGGUGGCUGAAAUCAAAAAUCCAAUUGCGCACUGGGUUGUGAUGAGAAAUCUAAUCAGAUCUUUGACGAAGGGGCCGGCCGGAAGGGUAGCCGGUGGGGGCAGCUGAUCCCCAAAUUCUCCGAAGGGGAAGCUGGGGAAGGGAAUCGAGGAUGUAAAGAAAAGACUUUCUUGUUCCUUUUUUCUUUCUUUUCUUUUUUCUUUUUCUUUUUCUUUUUUUACUCCCCGGAGGAGGUGGCUGUUGGGUGCCUUGCUAAAAUGAAGGAUGCGGGACGCAGCUCUCUCUUGGAGCAGAAGGCAGAGGAUAAACUGAUUGUGCCAGAGAGAAGAAAGAAUGAAGCUUUUUCUUGUGAGACCUGGAUCGUAACAUAAAUGUGUAUAUGGCCACACGGGGAGCAUUGAGGGGAAAAAAAUGAAAUAAGCUGAUGUCAGACCUGCGGGGUUUGGUGUGUUCUGACAUAAAAAAAUAAUCAUAAAAUAGCUGUCCCCCUCCCCCAAGGAUGUUUGGAAAUGGAGAACUGGGGAUCCACAAAGAAAAAGUGUUCAUUUUUUUUUCUUUAAAGGAGAAAGUACGCCAAGGAGAUAUUUUUGAAAUGAAAAGUUUGCGGCUUAUUUUAGGAAAGUAAGGACCUGAUAUAUAUAUAUUUUUUUUCUGUUUGAAUUUCCCACAAGAGGAGAGGAAAUUAAUAAUACAUCUGCAAAGAAAUUUCACUGAAGAAAAGUUGACGUGGAGGAACGAAGCAUUGAUUGGGAAAGAAAUCAGCAGAGGACUCUUGGAUUGCUGCCCGUGUUGACUAAAAUUGAAGGAUAAUUGCAGUUGGAUUUUUUUUUUCUUCACCAACCUCCUUUUUGUUUUCUUUUUCUUUUCCUUUUUGGUGUCAAGACCAUGCAUUCUUUCUUGUUCUUAACCACCUGGAUUUCCCUCGGGAUGUAGCUGUGCUGAGUCUGAAAUACAGUUGGCAAACACGUUGCCUAUUUACUUCACAGAGACCCCAAUGGAGAACAAGGGACAAGGAUUCCAUUCCUCGUCUUUACAUUUCUAGUACUGAGCAAGAUGUCUGGCUGAGAAACUCCAAAAGUAGAAACAGUGAUAAUAAUAAAAAUGUCUAACAUUUAUUCAUUUUUCACAACAUGACUGUUUGAACUCCAGAAGGACCAACACCAGAUAAAUUAUGAAUGUUGAACAAGAUGACCUUACAUCCACAGCAGAUAAUGAUAGGUCCUAGGUUUAACAGGGCCCUAUUUGACCCCCUGCUUGUGGUGCUGUUGGCUCUUCAACUUCUUGUGGUGGCUGGUCUGGUUCGAGCUCAAACCUGCCCUUCGGUGUGCUCCUGCAGCAACCAGUUCAGCAAGGUGAUUUGUGUUCGAAAAAACCUUCGUGAGGUUCCUGAUGGCAUCUCCACCAACACAAGGCUUCUGAACCUCCAUGAGAACCAAAUCCAGAUCAUCAAAGUGAACAGCUUCAAGCACUUAAGGCACUUGGAAAUCCUCCAGUUGAGCAGGAAUCAUAUUCGAACCAUUGAAAUUGGGGCCUUCAAUGGUCUGGCGAACCUCAACACUCUGGAACUCUUUGACAAUCGUCUUACCACCAUCCCGAAUGGAGCUUUUGUGUAUUUGUCUAAACUGAAGGAGCUCUGGUUGCGCAACAACCCCAUUGAAAGCAUCCCUUCCUAUGCUUUUAACAGAAUCCCUUCUUUGCGCCGCCUAGACUUAGGGGAAUUGAAAAGGCUUUCAUACAUCUCAGAAGGUGCCUUUGAAGGUCUGUCCAACUUGAGGUAUUUGAACCUUGCCAUGUGCAACCUCCGCGAAAUCCCUAACCUCACGCCACUCAUCAAACUGGAUGAGCUAGAUCUUUCUGGGAACCAUUUGUCUGCAAUCAGGCCUGGCUCUUUUCAGGGGUUGAUGCACCUUCAAAAACUGUGGAUGAUACAGUCUCAGAUUCAAGUGAUUGAACGCAAUGCCUUUGAUAACCUCCAGUCACUAGUGGAGAUCAACCUGGCACACAACAAUCUAACAUUACUGCCUCAUGACCUUUUCACGCCCUUGCAUCAUCUAGAGAGGAUACACCUUCAUCACAACCCAUGGAACUGUAACUGUGAUAUCCUGUGGCUCAGCUGGUGGAUAAGAGACAUGGCCCCCUCGAACACAGCUUGUUGUGCCAGGUGUAACACUCCCCCUAAUCUGAAAGGGAGGUAUAUCGGAGAGCUGGACCAGAAUUACUUCACAUGCUAUGCUCCGGUGAUUGUGGAGCCCCCUGCAGACCUCAAUGUCACUGAAGGCAUGGCUGCUGAGCUGAAAUGUCGGGCAUCUACAUCCCUGACUUCUGUGUCUUGGAUUACUCCAAAUGGAACAGUCAUGACCCAUGGGGCAUACAAAGUGCGGAUAGCUGUGCUCAGCGAUGGCACAUUAAAUUUCACAAAUGUAACUGUGCAAGACACAGGCAUGUACACAUGUAUGGUGAGUAAUUCUGUUGGCAACACUACUGCUUCUGCCACCCUGAAUGUUACUGCGGCAACCACUACUCCUUUCUCCUACUUCUCGACUGUAACAGUAGAGACUAUGGAACCUUCUCAGGAUGAGGCACGAACCACAGAUAACAAUGUGGGCCCCACUCCAGUGAUCGAUUGGGAGACCACCAAUGUAACCACAUCUCUCACGCCACAGAGCACAAGGUCGACAGAGAAAACAUUCACCAUCCCAGUAACUGACAUCAACAGUGGAAUCCCAGGAAUUGAUGAGGUCAUGAAAACAACCAAAAUCAUAAUUGGGUGUUUUGUGGCCAUCACGCUCAUGGCUGCUGUGAUGCUGGUCAUUUUUUACAAGAUGAGGAAACAGCACCAUCGGCAAAAUCACCAUGCUCCAACAAGGACUGUUGAAAUCAUUAACGUGGAUGAUGAGCUCACUGGGGACACACCCAUGGAAAGCCACCUGCCCAUGCCUGCCAUUGAGCAUGAGCACCUAAACCACUAUAACUCUUACAAAUCUCCCUUCAACCACACGACAACAGUAAACACAAUAAAUUCAAUACACAGUUCAGUGCAUGAACCGUUAUUGAUCCGAAUGAACUCUAAAGACAAUGUACAAGAGACUCAAAUAUAAAACAUUUACAGUUACAGAAAACAAACAAUCAAAAAGACAGUUUAUUAAAAAAUGACACAAAUGACUGGGCUAAAUCUACUGUUUCAAAAAAGUGUCUUUACAAAAAAAAACAAAAAAGAAAAGAAAUUUAUUUAUUAAAAAUUCUAUUGUGAUCUAAAGCAGACAAAAUUAUGUGUAUUCCUCAGAACCUGUUUUUGCUGCACUUACUACUUUCCCACACCUCCUCCCUCCCUUCCCCGAUUGCCAUAUUUUUCAUAGAUCUCAAUUCCCUAAAGAACUGGUCUAGGAAAUUUUGUAAGAAUUCUGUUACACUUUGAAAUUUUUAUGGUGAAUUCUAGUGGUGAGAUCCAGUCUAUUUUGCCUCUUUCUCUCUCUAAUUUUUUCAUUUUUUUCUUUUUCCUUCAUGCCCUUCUGAAGUAGUCCAAUGGGGAAUGCAAUAUUAGAAAUAGAUUUUUAAGAAAGAAUGAGGAAAAAUGCAAGAUCUUAUAUUUUUCAUGUAAUGACCUGUUCUGUAUUUAUGAGGAGGACAUUCUGUGGAGAAAGAAAAAAAAAAGUAAGCAAACAACAGAUUAAUUUACAUAUAAGCAUCUAUAAAACCCAUGACUUAAAAAAAAACCUCUAGAACCAGAAUUUGUAGUUCAAAAAGCUUAAAAUAAGAUUAUAAAUAAAAUAUUGUUGGUUUUUCUGUA